CACACCUUUGGCAGCACUCUUUGACAGUCGAUUGUGGCAAGCGGCUUGCUUCCAGGCGUCUGCCAUUUGUUUUUUUCGGCAAAGGAAAAAGAUUAUUGAUUUUACGGUGCUAAUCGCGACGAAUCGUAUCAACUUUUAAAGAAAAUGACGCGGUCGAAGAAUCGGUCCGACUCGGAGGAAUCGGAAAAGGCCGACAAGAAGCAGCGGGGUCGUGAGAAGGAGCGUAAAAAGCGUACCUCUAGCAGCAGCGAUAGCAGCGGAAGCUCAUCGGACAGCAGCUCCUCGCGCAGCAGUUCCGGUUCGCGGUCGAGCUCGUCCAGCAGCAGCUCGUCCUCGUCCAGCUCCUCGUCGUCGUCCAGCAGCGGGGCCGAGCGUUCACGCACCAAGCGCAAAACGAACACCCGCUCCCGGUCGCGGUCGCGCAGCAAGAGCCCGGCCCAACCGGCCCAAAGCUGGGACAAACAGUCCGCCGCCACUGCCAAGGAACCGCCGGUAAAGGGCACGAGCGUGCGGUCCAAAUCGAAGGAGAAAACGGAACGCCGCAGUUCGGAACCGCGCGACAAUGACAAGGAAAACAAGCAGGCCCGGGCGCCAUCGGUCGACAAGUCGAUCAAAGAUUCGCGCAGCCGCCGCUCGCGGUCCGGUUCGUCGAAGCGCAAGCGUCGCGAACGUUCCGUCACGCCGCGCCCGGUACGCAUCCACAUCGGCCGGCUGACGCGCAACGUUAACCGUGAUCACAUUGUGGAAAUCUUCAGCUCGUACGGCGAGAUCAGCAAGGUCGAUUUCCCGAUGGAACGGUUCCAACCGUUCGGCCGCGGGUUCUGCUACGUGGAGUACGUCGACCCGAAUGGGGCGGAAAAUGCGAUGAAGCACAUGGACGGUGGCCAGAUCGAUGGGCAGGAGAUAACGGCGUCGCCCGUGCUGGUACAGAAGCAGCGCCCGCCGAUGAGGCGUCCCUCGCCGAUCAUGCGCAACAAUCGGCCCAUGCCGCGCUGGCGUACCUCGCCGAUGCGCUACCGGCGCCGCCCAUCGAUCCGACGCAGCCCGCGGCGUAGACGCUCGCGCAGCCCGGUCAGGCGGCGUCGCCAGAGCAACAGCUCGGACAGUUCGCGCUAGGGUGAGCGCGGGUGGGGGGAGGUUUUGGUAGCAUUGAUCGGUCUUUUCUUUUAAAUUGAUUUGUGUUUCAAUCCUCUAAUCUUACUACAUGCAUGCAUGCACCUCCCUUUUUGUGGUGGGGAUAGUUUUGUAUCACAGUGUUUGGUAUUGGCUCCUUGUGUGAGUGUGUCUGUGUGUGAGUGUGUGGAUGGAUGGAGAAUAAGCAUAAGCAAUCUGUUUAAGCUUCCUGCAAUGCUCUUUUGUCCAAUUUCUACACCCGUACUGUGGAGUGUGCAGUGCGGUAGUAGCUUUUAUUUGGUUUGAACUAGAAUGACUAGCAAUACGAACACGGACGGGACACACAAAAAACCACCACAAAUAAAAACUAACGUGAGAUGAAGA